AUGAACAGACUGCCACCCGAUUCUGAAGAGAAGACGGCUAUUCGUGAUUUGCGCACGAUCCUUCCUGAGAUCAAGCCUCUCAGCGAUAGCUACGUGUUGCGGUGGUUGCGAUCGAAGAAUGGACGCUUCGACGAGACGGCCGACUCCUUGAAGAAACACGUCAUUUUCCGUAAAGCCUGGGAGCUCGACUGCAUCGAAGAAUGGGAAGCGCCAGAGUGCCUCGAAAAAUACUGUGGCUAUGGUUUCCUGCCCGAUAAAGACGGCAAUCCGAUAUUGAUGUCGCUGCUUGGAAACUGCGAUGUGGAAGGUAUGCUGAAGUCGGUCGCUUCACUGGACUACAUCAAAUUUUCGUUAGCAGCUAUUGAGAAAGGGAUGAAACUUUGCGAGCUGCGAGCGGUCCAGACUGGCCAUGAAUGGGAGCAGAUGAUGUUGGUGUUUGACUUGGAUCACGUGUCAACGGCCCACUUCGGAAGUCGCCAAUUCGCAUCCGCUUUUACGACGCUAUGCAUGCUUUUUCAGGAGCAUUACCCGCUAGUCUUAUCCAAGAUUCUGAUCAUCCGAGCACCGGAGAUGGCCCGAAUCGCCUACGCUUCGAUGGGAUCGUUUCUAUCAGAUUCGGUGACACAGCUGAUCGAGAUGUUUUCUGAGGGCGACUGGAGACGAGAACUUGAGAAAUACGUACACCUCGACGCGUGGCCACUUCAUUGGGGCGGAAAGAUGGCCGAGGAAGGGGAUGGGAAAUGCCCUUCUUUGAUCAGAUACGGGCUAGGCCCUAUUCCAGACACGUUCUUCGUUGACGCAGAGCAUGUUAUGACGGACUACGAUGAAAUGACAACAGUGUAUGCCGGAGACAAACACCUCAUCCAGAUUAAGGUGAAGAAACCAAGCAAAAUCAGCUGGCAAUACAUGACGGGCGAUGACGAUAUCGGCUUCAGCGUGCACUAUGACCAGAAAAUGGACAAGGACAACCUGACCGAGAUGGAGAUCGUCUACCCCUAUAUCAGGCUGGAAUGCAGUCAAGUCCCAAUCCACGGCCACCUAAACGCGGAAAAAGCCGGAACCUAUAUCCUCGAGUUUGACAAUUACUACUCCUGGUUCAGCGCCAAACAGCUGCGAUACAACAUCGAAAUCGAGGACUUG